UGCGAUAAGUAGCGGAUCGAUUACAAGUUUGCGGUGUAGUAUACUGAAGCUUUCGCUGGAAGCAACAUCUCUAUCUUUUUUAAUUCAGACCAAAAAAUCUUAUCAACAAAAACAAGCUUUUAGUUCGAAGAUAACAUUCUGCUCAAGAAAUAAUAUAAAUGUUUAUUGUAUUCGGUGGUGGCACGAGUAAAAAUCUGCACUCCAAGAGUUUAUUCUAAUUCAUUUUUGAGACCAGUGAAAAGUUCAGAAAUUUAAGGAACUACCAUGAUUGUGUUAGCAAUUUUUGUUAUUGCUCUAAUUUACUGUUUCAUCGUUUUAUACCAGAGGAAACAAUUUGUAGAUUUUAUGUUAAACAAAUUUCGAGCUCCUCCAAUUGAUCCAUUGGUAGGACAUGUGACCCGGAUUCCGCUUAAUCCGCCCGGCAUUUUCAAAACUAUUUUGGACACUGAGCAAGGAUGGUUUAGGAAGUACGGUAAAAACAUCGCCCUCAUCCGACCAGUCUAUGAAGUCCAAUUAUUGAUAACAAAUCCUGCAGAUGUCGAAAAAAUCUUAGCCAAUCCAAAUUCGAAAACAGCACGGAAAGGGGAUGCGUACUUGGAUUUAGAAGCUUGGCUAGGCACUGGACUGCUUCUAUCAUGGGGAGAAAAAUGGUUUCAACGACGAAAAAUCAUUACGCCCGCAUUCCAUUUCAAUAUUUUGGAACAAUUCAUGGAAGUUAUGAGCAAACAAUCGGAUAUUUUGGUCGAAAAAUUAAAACCGAAAGUCGGUGCUGGAGACAUCGAUAUUUACCUCUAUACAACUCUCCUUGCACUUGAUGUGAUAUGUGAAACAUCCAUGGGUAUUUCGAUUAACGCUCAGUCGAGUCCUGAUUCCGAAUAUGUAAACGCAGUCAAAGAAAUUUCAGCUAUCGUCCAAAGACGUUUCUUCAGUUUAGUCAGUCGUUGGCAGUUCCUAUAUGGUUUUACCCCAGACGGAAGACGUGAGAAGGAAUUGCUUAAAAUCCUUCAUGGGUUCACAGACAGCGUUAUACUUCAGCGACGAGAACAACUACUUCAGAAAAAACCAACAGAUAAGGCAACCAAAAUGAAUUUCCUGGACAUGCUCCUCAAUUCAACAGUGAAUGGAAAACCUUUAUCAAACGCCGAUAUCCGUGAGGAAGUCGAUACAUUUAUGUUUGAGGGACAUGACACUACAACAUCCGGAAUAGCUUUUGCUCUGUAUCAACUAUCACAACACAAGGAUAUUCAAGACCGUUUGUACGAAGAACUAGCGGACAUAUUUGGAGAUACAGACCGCAUGGAAAUUACAUACAAACAACUUGGAGAUUUACGUUACUUGGACAUGGUAGUUAAGGAAGCACAACGAAUAUGCCCUUCAGUUCCAUUCAUUGCACGAAGACUAACAGAAGACACUAUUAUAGAUGGAGUCAACAUACCCAAAGGAUCAAACGUCACGAUUGCAAUCUAUGCAUUACACAACGAUCCCGAUAAUUUCCCCAAUCCUCGGAAAUUCGAUCCAGAUCGUUUUGAUCCUUCACAAACAGAGAAAAGGCAUCCUUUCGCCUAUGUACCCUUUAGCGCCGGGGCUCGAAAUUGUAUUGGACAAAAGUUUGCAUUGAUUGAAUUGAAGCUAGUCAUAGCCAAGGUAAUUAUGCAUUAUGAACUCUUGCCCGCAGCGGAUCAAAAAUCGCCAAUCCUUCAAGGUGAUCUAAUUUUAAAGUCAGCAGAUGGUAUUUGCCUUAGACUAGCCGAACGUAAAAGAAAUUGGCUUGGAUGGCGAUCUGUAGGACAUGGAACAAAUCCGUCGACUAAUGCGGCCCAUUGGUUCCAUGGUCGCAGCGAUCCAAAGAAAAUUUCGGAAAGUGGAAGAUGCCAGGAAAACACGGUUGCGAUCACCAUAAUGUUCAUACUAACAAUUUUGACCGGAAUAUUCGCCAUAAUCUUCAUAUACUUCUCCAUAGUUUUAUAUCGGAGAAGAAAGUUUAUGAAUUUCUUGCUAACCAAUUUCUAUAGCCCGGCAGUCGAUGAAUUUGUAGGACAUGUGGGUCGCGUCCCACUUGACCCUGUAGGAAACUUCCAAGCACUGGCCGGUAAGAAUGGAUGGUUCAAUAAAUAUGGGAAGAACUUUGUGUUCGUUAAACCAAUGUAUGAUGCCCAAUUGGUACUAUCAAGAGCUGAGGACAUCGAAAAAGUCUUAGCUGUACCUAAUCCAGAAAUGACUCAAAAAGCUGACAUGUACUCUCUUUUAAAAGCAUGGCUUGGUUCUGGUCUGCUGUUGUCCUGGGGCGAUAAAUGGUGUAAUCGAAGAAAAAUCAUCACCCCUGCAUUUCAUUCUAAUAUUUUAGAGGGAUUUAUUGAUGUGAUGAACAAACAAUCGGAUAUUUUAGUACAGAAAUUAAAACCGAAUGUAGGAGUAGGUGACGUCGACAUUUACCCAUAUACAAGCCUCUUCACCCUUGACGCAAUAUUUGAGGCGUCAAUGGGUACUUCAGUAAAUGCGCAGUCUUCGCCGAACUCAGAAUAUGUUCAGGCCCUCGACGAAAUUUCAUCAAUAAUACUCGAACGAAUCUUCAGCAUAUUCAGUUAUUCUCAAUUUCUCUACGAUCUCACAUCAAGAGGAAAACGUGAAAAGUCACUACGCAACACUCUUCAUAGCUUCACUGAAAAAGUUAUACUAGAAAGACGCAACCAACUGCUCAAUAGUAGAUCGCUUGACAAUAAGAGCACCAAGAUGAGUUUCCUGGAUGUACUGCUAAAUUCAACAUUAUCGAAUGCAGAUAUUUGUGAGGAGCUUAAUACUUUUAUUUUUAAGGGGCAUGAUACAGUUACCUCUGGGAUAGCUUUUGCUUUGUACUACUUGUCCCGCAAUAAGAAUAUCCAGGAUCGCCUGUAUAAGGAAUUAAUUGACGCUUUCGGUGAAGUUAACUCGAUUGGAGUUACCUACCAGAAACUAGCUGAUUUGCGUUAUUUGGACAUGGUAGUUAAGGAAACGUUACGAAUUUGUCCACCAAUUGCGAUUAUUGGGCGAAAAUUAAGAGAAGACACUGUUCUAGGCGAUGUAAACGUCCCAGCUGGAACCAAUCUUAUCCUGAAUAUUUACGCACUUCAUAACGACCCUGAUUAUUAUCGCCAUCCGGAGCUAUUCGACCCAGACAGAUUCGACCCCUUACAAAUGGAACGCAGGUUUUCAUUCGAUUAUGUUCCCUUCAGUGCGGGUGGUAGGGAUUGCAUCGGACAAAAGUUUGCAUUAACUGAAUUGAAGCUAGUCAUCGCUAAACUAGUCAUGAAUUUCGAACUGCUACCAGCAGUGGACAAAAAAACAUUAAGUCUGCAAGGAUACCCAGUUCUGAAAUCAGCAACCGGUGUCCAUCUGAGAUUAGCCGAGCGUAAGAGGAAUAAAUAAAUAAAAGACUUUCUAUAAAAUCCCAA